AUGGACACGUCCAAGAGGUCCUGGAUCGCGCUCGGCUGCGAGGGCUCCGCCAACAAGCUCGGCAUCGGCGUGAUCCAGCACACCGGAUCCUCCACAACCAUCCUCUCCAACCUGCGCGACACCUUCAACGCGCCGCCCGGCGCCGGCUUCCUGCCCAAGGACACGGCCGCGCACCACCGGCGCGUGUUCUCCCGUCUCGCCCGGCGCGCCCUCGCCGCCGCCGGCAUCACUGACCCCCGCGCGCAGCUCUCCUGCGUGUGCUUCACCCAGGGCCCCGGCAUGGGCGCGCCGCUGACCGCCGUCGCCGUCGGCGCGCGCACCCUCGCCCUCCUCUGGGGCCUGCCGCUCGUCGGCGUCAACCACUGCGUCGGGCACAUCGAGAUGGGGCGGGCCAUCACCGGCGCCACCAACCCGGUGGUGCUCUACGUGUCCGGCGGCAACUCGCAGGUCAUCGCCUACGCGGAGCGGCGCUACCGCAUCUUUGGCGAGACGCUCGACAUCGCCGUCGGCAACUGCCUGGACCGCUUCGCGCGCACCCUCCGCAUCAGCAACGACCCGGCGCCCGGCUACAACAUUGAGCAGAUGGCUAAGAGGGGCACGAAGCUGCUGGACUUGCCGUACGCGGUCAAGGGCAUGGACUGCUCGUUCUCGGGGAUAUUGGCGGCGGUGGACGCGCUGGCGGCGCAGGUGCGCGCGGGCACGGCGGACUUUACGGCGGAGGACCUCUGCUUCUCCCUGCAGGAGACGGUGUACGCGAUGCUGGUGGAGAUCACGGAGCGCGCGAUGGCGCACGUCGGGUCCAGACAGGUGCUGAUCGUGGGUGGCGUGGGCUGCAACGAGCGCCUGCAGGAGAUGAUGGGUCAGAUGGCGGCGGAGCGCGGCGGCAGCGUGUACGCUACGGACGAGAGGUUCUGCAUUGAUAAUGGCAUCAUGAUUGCGCACGCGGGCCUGCUGGCGUACCGCACCGGAUUCGAGACGCCGCUGGCGGAGAGCCAGUGCACGCAGCGGUUCCGGACGGACGAGGUCUACGUCAAGUGGAGGGACUAA